AUGGAGGCUGCCUUGCUGAAGCCGGCGAUGAUGGCGGAGGUGAAAGGGAGCGGUGGUGGCCCCGCCGUCAGCGCCGAGCUGGAGGUGAAGAAGCUGCAAGAGCUGGUGCGGAAGCUGGAGAAGCAGAACGAGCAGCUCCGGAGCCGAGCCGCCGCCGCCGCUGCCGCCGCCACCGCGGGGGCCGCCGGCCCGCCCAGCCCGCACCUGCUGCUGGCCCCGCCGCCGGCCCCCGCCGGGCUGCGCCCCGCCAGCCCCCCCUCGGCGGCGGGCGCCGGGGCCGCGCCCUGCCUGCCCAGCCCGGUGCCCACCCUGCUGUGCCCCGCUGCGCUGGGCCCGCCCGAGCCCCUCGCCUAUUUCAAGCCCUCGCCGUGCCCGCCGGCGGCCGGCGGCGGGGGGCAGGAAGGCGGCGGCGGCGGCCCGGGGGCGGCGGCCACGGUGCUGGACGAAGUGGCGGUGCUGGAGCUGGAGGACGGCUGCUGCGGACAGGACGAGGAUAGCUGGUUGUACGUCUUGCCUACCAAGACUCUCACUCCUCAAGAGAAAUCACUGAGUCCUCUGCAGUGGUGCAGGCGUGUUCUGGAUAAUCCAAGUCCUGAGAUAGAAGCUGCAAAACGUUCCCUGUGCUUUAGACUGGAACAAGGUUACAUUUCUAGGAGUUCCCCUUUGAGCCCACAGUCAUCAAUAGACAGUGAGCUGAGCACCUCAGAGCUGGAGGAUGAUUCCAUCUCCAUGGGAUACAAGCUGCAGGACCUCACCGAUGUUCAAAUCAUGGCUCGUCUACAGGAGGAGAGCCUUAGGCAAGAUUAUGCUUCGACUUCAGCAUCUGUGUCAAGGCACAGCUCGAGUGUCUCUCUGCAUGCGGGAAAGAAAGGGACAUGCGGUGACCAAGAAUACGAUCGCUAUAGUCUUGAGGACGAGGAAGAGUUUGACCACCUCCCACCUCCACAGCCACGGCUGACUCGCUGCUCCCCCUUCCAGAGAGGGAUUCCUCACUCACAGACUUUCUCCAGUAUCCGGGACUGCAGGAGGAGCCCAACCUCCCCACACUUCCCUUCAAAUACUUAUCAGCAGCCCUACUACUCUCCUCAAGCCCAAACUCCAGAGCAGCAACCAAAUAGGAUGAAUGGAGAUAAGCUUCGCAGAAGCAUGCCUAACCUUGCUCGGAUGCCAAGUACCCCCACCAUUACCAGCAAUGGUGGCUUUGCUAGUUCACCAGUCACUGUGAGGAACAGUCAGAGCUUUGACUCCAAUUUGCAUGGGGCAAGCAAUGGGAUUGCAAGGAUGCAGUCGUGUAUUCCAUCACCAGGACAGCUUCAACACAGAGUUCACAGUGUGGGACAUUUUCCAGUGUCUGUCAGACAGCCUCUCAAAGCUACUGCCUACGUAAGCCCAACCGUACAAGGUAGCAGUAGUAGUAGUAGUAGUAGUAGCAGCAGCAGCAGUAUUCCAGUGUCCAACAACUUGCAGCUAUAUUCUAACACUGGGAUCCCAAUGCCAAACAAGCCUGCCAGUCAAGGGAUAGUAGGGCGCAGUGCUCUUCCAAGACCAUCGCUGGCCAUCAAUGGGAGUGGCAUCCCCAGAAGUAAAAUUGCACAGCCAGUUCGAAGUUUUCUUCAGCCUCCAAAGCCGCUUUCGUCACUCAGCACGAUGCGGGAUGGGAACUGGAGAGAUGGCUGCUAUUGAUGAGGGAUGCCCAUCAACAAUGGAAAAGAAAUAAUGUGGAUUUCAUUACCCAGCUGGCUGGGUAACAAUGAUUUGGGAAAGGAGGGUCAUGCAGUAUUAUUUCCCCUGGGAUUUUAAUAUGUACCCAUCCAAAAUGCAAUGUCAUUUAAAAAAAAAGAGCAUCUUCUCAAAUACUAAAUAUUGCACUUAAUCAGUUACCUGAACAGCUGCAUAGUUAUCAGACUAACAAUGGCAGUGUUGGCAUUUGGAACUGGAGAGAGUUACAUAUGUGCAAAGUACCAGAAUAUUUCCUUGGGAAAAACUUGGAGAUAAUGCUUUUCAGGCAGCUUUGCCAUACUGAAAUUCUAAGAUAAUUUAUUCAGUGUAAAGACAUAAUGCAUUUACUUGGAAUUUGGGGGGCGGGGACUUAAGUAUGUGCUUGGAUUUUUUUCUAGUGUUUCCAGUACAUUUUUAUUUUGUAUACUUCAGUUCAUUUAAACUGGCUUGAACCUUGAACAGCAGAGAGAUAAUUUAACUUUUCUGUGCCAUAAAUAAUAUUUUUGGGGUAAUGUACUUUUUAAGCGCUAGGAACAUGUCUUACAAAAUCGUACCAUUGGCAAUACAAAGCAGUAUGUUUGGGUUGCAGAAGCACACAAAAAAAGUAGCAUUCACUGGAAAUUGCCAUCCAGCUGGGUGGGUGUGGUUUUGUUAAGUCUUUCACCAUUUGUUCAAUUGUUAAUUUAUUGUCACAGUGUUUUGUAUUUUAAAUGACGGCAUAAGUCACAUUGCACUUAGAAGGAUACAGUGAUCUCUAAAAGUCCAGUUGGUUUUCAGUACUUUAUUACAAAGGGGGGAAAAAAUUGUAAUGUUUUAUUAACAGUUGCUUAGGGAAAAAUGAGUUUUAAUGCGAAUAAAUCUUUUUGAUAGAUCUUUUACAAAAUCCAAUUGCACUAAUCAAUGCUUUCUUAUAAUGGCAUAUGACUUAAUAUUUGAUUACAAGUGUGUAUACUGCUGUUUUGGAAUGUUUCGGAAAUAAAGAAUCUAUUUCAGCAAUAAA